AGGUUCGAAAAGUCAUGGCGAUCUACUCAGUAUACUGUAGAGCAGUCUGACAUAACGGACGUAUCCAAUAUUAAUGUCGGCAUUGCUUUGUUUUGCCUUUUUCUGGAUUACGGAUUGAAUCAUUUCAGUAGUUAGUUGUGGACGCCGGUUUGGCCAGUUCUGAAAAGAGUGAGUAUUUCACAAUUUUCUACUGUGAUAACGUUGGAGGGAGCAGUGACGUUUGAAAAACGAAUGAAAAAAGGAAUUUCUUACAUAUAAUAAUUGACAUAUGUCUUUAUUGACACUUCCGCCGUGUAACCAAAACAAUUUCCAUCAUCUGGGACUGAUGCAAUCAGACACAGAAGGUCACGAUGUAUUCAAUACUCCAACAUACAGGCGUUGUAAUUCUUCUAUUGAUGUAAGCAAAAGGAAAGCGAUAGCUGAAUCAGAAGGGAUGAAAAAGAAGGCACGAUACAGUGAAAGCUGCAUACCGGAUGAGUUGAUAUCUCUGUCAUAUGAUCUCCUCACCCAAAUACAGCGACAUGAACAGCAAUCCGGAGACACUGUGUCAUCCCCACAACAGGAAGAAUUGCAACGAUCAGAUAAGGGUCUGGUACAAACAGCUAUCGCAGACUCGAGUCUUCCAUACGACUUCGAUUGCUUUGACAACAAUGAUAUAAACGAGUUGAGUGAUGACGUCAGCACAGUAUCCAAUGAGUCAUCAGUCACGUGUCAUGACUCGUCUUCCUCAAUGCCAGACUAUGCUUCGAGCAACUCAAGCAUGGCAUGUAUUAAGGCAAGUUCAACAAACAAUGGAAAACCUCUGUAUACCACUGAACUUCAAGUAUUGUGUAGAAUCUGCGGAGACCGCGCAUCCGGCUAUCAUUACGGUGUCCAUUCAUGCGAGGGGUGCAAGGGUUUCUUCAGACGAACAUUAAAGAAACAGCUUGUGUAUAAGCCAUGUAAAGAGGGGUCCCAAUGCCGCAUUGAUACUGGUUCCCGGAACAAAUGUCAGUGCUGUCGAUACCAGAAAUGUAUAAACGCAGGAAUGUCUCCAAAUGCUGUGCGAUUUGGAAGAAUGCCAAAAGCCGAGAGGGAGAAAUUAAUGGCGGACAAAGAAGAGUUGUCUACCUCUAAUUCUGCCAGAAUUCUUGAACUUCGGACAUUAUCCGACUGUAUAAAAGGCGCAUUUCAAGACUCGUUUGUGAAUUGUAAAUUUGUCUCGUCCUACCUCUAUUGUCAGUCAAAAAAAGAUUCUGACCCAAUAAAGAUUGAACCUGAUCAGCGGUUUUGUGCAGAAUCAAUGGACGCUCAUCAGUUUGUAGAAGAAAACAUAUUUUCAGCAUUCCAAUCAACUAUCAUUCCGGUGAUUGAAGGGACGGUGAAGUUUACGAAAAAGAUCCCGAAAUUUUCAAGUCUGGAAAUGGUCGACCGAAUCGCACUGUUAAAACAAAACUGCUACAGUGUUUCUCUUAUUCUAUGUUAUAUGUUGUUUGAAGGCAACUCAAUAUGCCUCGAAGCCGCUUUAAAACGCAUAUCGUUUUCGUCUACCAAUGGCCACUAUGUAUGCUUCGAAGCUGAAUGCAUGUUCGAGGGAAUAUUUUAUGUGGCGAGGAAAGUGGGGAAGUUGCAGCUUACUCAUGUUGAAAUUGCUCUCUACUGCGCAAUAGCUUUACUCAUAGAAGCACCCGGUGUCACGGACAGCAAUGCCAUUGAAUCCAUCCAGCUAGAAUUGGUUGAAUCUUUGAGGCUUGAGCUUAAACAUAACCACCCUAAAGAUAAAUAUCUUCUGCCUCAACUCCUACUUAUGAUUCCACAACUUAUACAAAUCACAGAGGAGCUAAAAACGCGGUUAAAAGGACAUCUUUUUGAUGAGACCGAAAACUUCUCCAAGACCAAUGAGCUCCUGUGUGAAAUAUUUGACCUUCAUUGAAAAAAGACUCGUGCGUAUUUAAAUAUUUAGAAACAAAAUAAUGCGUCCGGUGAUGUAGACUUAGAAAACUCGUUGUGUUGUGAUAUUUUCUUCAAGCGCUUAAUGACCUAGAUUUGAAUAUUCACGUUUGAUGGAUCAGGAACUCGGGAUUUUCAAGAAUGACGUGGCGCGCUUGUUUAAAUUCAUCAACUUAAUAAAUGUACCUUGUCAAUUUUAUGUUUUAAAUAUCGGUCUCAUUAAAUCAGGUGGUAAACAGUAAUUUGGGUUAAAAUUCAAAUUAAUUUUUAUGCAUAUGUAGUAUGCGUUUUAAAAUUGGCGACGCAAAAGGCAUGGUCGACUGUUUGUAGUAAAUAUAUAUAUAAUUUUUAUCUGGUGAUAUAUUGAAAUUCUAUUGGUCAAAUCUGGUAUUAAAUAAAGUGUACAAAAUAUUUUAUAAUCAUUCGGAUUUAAAAAAAAAAAAAAGAACGGCCGAUCUGGCGAAAUUCAUAAACAGUAAAAUCAGACUUUGUUACGUCACAUAACCGAUACCGAGUUCCUGAGACUAUAGUAUAAUGUAAGUUCUUAAAGCAAGUGAUAUAGAUAACAAAAUGCUGUUGAUAUUUUUAUAUAUUUAAGAUAUUCAUCUGAAUACAAGCAAUGUCAGAAUGGGUGAAAGUGUGUAUGUGAAUGAGUGAUGUUCUUGUCUUUCUUUUCAAUUUUAUUUAACAUUUUUGUAUGUUCUAAAUAUGUUUUACAUAGUUUACUAGAUACGUGUACUCUUAAAAAGGGACUAUAGAAAAAGCAUUUGUCAUUUGUGAGAUUUGUAAAAGCUGCAUGUCUCCAGGUAAACCACCAAUUAAAAAAUAAAUAAGUAUUUAAAGAUUUUGAGAAAAGUACAAAUAUUUGCAAUUCAAGUAAUGAUUAACAUGUUACAUGUAAUGACUGGCUGAUUUUGCACUAUUUAUAUGCAUGUUUCUAAUGCACGACAAACCACAAACGCAGUUAAGGCUUUUUUGUGUGCAAAUUUUGACUUUUAAAUCGUUAUUUACGAGAAUUUAAAGUGCCGUAAGUAACUUUCUUUGUUCACUUGAUACUAGUAAACU